ACAAUAUAGUGAUUUAAUUCUUUCAUUUUUGGCCUCUAAAUCUACACACAUAUUCUAGUAUUUACAUGUUUUUGGUUAAAUGCAAUAUAUGAUAUAGUUCAUGCAAUUGUCCAGUUUAUGUUAUGUAGUUGAUGAGUGUGUUUGUAUAUAAUAUUGUCAAAAUAGUGACAAUGUUGUGAAAUAAAAUAUAAAUUUUAUAUCUUUUUAUUAUUAAUAAACAUUUGUAUUGCUAUUUAGUAACAUAAUGUCAACAGGAAAUUCAAGAAAACAACGGAUCGUGAAUGUUCUCCGUAAAUUUAAAUUUGAAGAAUUAGAAAAUGCUGUAUUACCAGUUUUUCCAGAAACAACGUGGAAUCAUGUGAGGUCCCAAUUGAUAAAACAUCAUGAAAAUUUUACAACUGCGAAUGUUGCUGCUAUUUUAGAAGAAAUAAUAAAUGAUACUAAAAUACAAGAGAAAGUAUUAAGACAACGAUUAAUGAAAUUAGAAUUAAUUGACAUAAGUAGACAUAAACGAAAGCAUUGGUAUACUUACAGUGUAUCAGACUCUAAUAAUGAACCUCUUCAUAUUGGGACUGGAGAUUUUAAACAAAGUGUAAAGGAAAAACUUGAUAGACAAAAAUUAUUGUCUACAAAAAUAGAAGUCGAUGCCAUAGUUUUUAAUGGUAUCAUGUACUUAAGUAUAAAAUAUAUAAAGAGAAAUAAUGUAAAAGUCCCAGCAAAUUAUUUUGCUUUAUUCUUGGACCAAAAGUAUUUAUUUUCUGCCAAAAAAAAUCCCCCAAACAUCUUUAUAGAUGCAAUAACUCAUAGUAUGGGCUAUAAUAAACACAAAAGCAUUGAUUUAAGAGGUAAAGAUCUUAUGUCUUUAAUGAGAUUACUUCGACUACGAAUACAAGGCGCUUUAAGUGCAGCAGAUAUCAUAAAUAAAACAACGUACCAAGAUGCUCAACCUAUAAUCAGAGAUACAGGUAUUGAUUAUACACAAGAAAGACAAAGGAGAAAUUUUACAGAAAAUUGUUUUGGUGUAAAUCCACCAACAUUAGAUACACUCGUUGUUAGGGGACCAAAUAGUUCUAUUAGUGAUAGAGAAGUAGCAUCACGAUUAACAAAUGAUAUUAUUCAAGUAGGGUGGGAGUUUCGUAGCGAAGAUGUAAUUAUGUUUUUAACAACUUUAUUUGAAAGAGGAAUACUUCUUGCUCCUUUACCUCCUUAUAUUUCUAAUCUUAUGUCAAUGGGAAGGAAUGAGUUGACUCUUGAAGAGUAACAAUUUUGUAAUAUUUAGAAAAAAUAAAUGAUAUUCAUAAUAUUGCUUUAUAAUAUAUCAUUUUCAAUUACAAUGCUGUAAAAUUAAAAAAUACAAAAGAAAUAAAAUAUUAUAAGCUGUAUAAAUAUAAUAUAACAAAAUAACAAAUAAUUUUUAAUAAGUUAAUAUACUUGUAAAAAUAUAAAAAAAAUAGUAUUUAAACUUAAUACUGAAUGACAAAUCUUAGACAGUUCGACAGUUUGACAGAUUGUAUAAAAUUAUAAUUAAUACUGACAGCGCAAAUUAUUCAUAAUAUCAUUAUUUUAAUCAUUUAUAAAUUAUUUAUCAUUAUAACAUUUAAAUCUUUUUUUACAUUAUACCAAAAAAUAUUUUAUACAAGUAAAGUUUAUUUUUAUCACAAUUUAUAUAUUUAUCAUAAAAAUUACAGAUGAACAAAUAUCAUUAAUCAUGAAUAAAAUAUCAUUAUUUGUUUUUUAACUUUUGCUUUUCUAAAAACGUCUGAAUUUAGCCAACAAAAUUUUGCUUGUAUCAAGUAUUCCAUUAGUGAAUGUAGCACAUCUUGACAAGUGUAUGAUAUUAAUUUAGUGAAAUGUAGAACAUUUAAAAUAAAUUUGUGCUAAUAAAUGAAGCUAUAGAUAACUAGAAA